GAAUCAUGACCUCCUGGAUUAUAGGUUGACGCUCAACCAAACAGCGCCGCCAGCUGACCUAUCUUUGAAACACUUUUCGAAAUAUGUAUUUUUUAUUAAUACUAUUACAGAUGUUUCCCAUUCCCCUCUGUAUAUACUCUUUGGGGAUCUAUUCCUGUCCCCCUCCGUCCCCUGAGGGGUCUGUCAGUCUGUCCCCGUGAACCCGGCCUCUGGUCCCAUCUCCUCCCCCAGCGCCCCUGGCAGCGCCAAUUCACCUCGUUCCCCAAGUUCCUGGGCUGGAAAGCCAGCCCUCUCCUGGGCGGUUGAGAAAACUACAUUACCCAGAAGGCAAUGCGCCCACCCAGUGCGUUUUCGUGCCAGUGCAUCCGGUUAGGGCGGGACUUCCGGUAUCCUCCUCCUGGCGGACAUUUUGACUUUUUCAAACUGUUCGCCGGCUCCGGGCUUCAGCGCGUCGGUCGCGAGGAGGAGGGGGCGGGGAGGCGGCGCCCCGCGGGGCAGGGUGUGUCUGAGCCUGUGGCGCCGCACCUUCGAUUUCGGGGCGUCCGAGGCUCCCCGACUCCUCUCCGCCGACAGAGGCUCCUCGGCCUCACCCCAUCGGACCCUCCAGCCUCGGGGCCGGCGCCGCUCGGGUCCCGCCGCCCAGGGCGCAGCGUCCAGCGCAGUUGUUGGCAUAAAACGGAUGAUGAGGAGGCCUGUUCUGAGCAGAGUGUAUCUGAACAAGGAGAGUCGCAGGUCAGGGCCCCUAAGACAGAGCCAGCAACCCAGAGGACCCAUCUGUGUAAGCGGUGCUUCUCUGUGUUAAAAGACAUUCUGCAUCUGACUGAGUCACAAGCCGCAGACCUUAAGCAGAAAGCCUUCUUCAGUGACGCAUGUGUGAGAGACUUCUGUUUCAGUGCAAACCCUCACCAGCAGCACAGGGAAGCCAGUGGAGAGAAGCCCUGGAGAGAAGCUGUGGACAGGGCCUCGUUUGUAACCAGGUGCAGCUUCUACUUAUCAGGGCUGUCUUCAUCCAGGAGGGAGGAUGGGAAAGACUUGCCAGCCAUCUCAGAGCUUCUCCAGCACCAGGACCCUCUCGACACUGAAGAGCCACACAGUGGCAGUGAGAUUUCACAGGAAUUUCUCAAUAGAAAAAGGCAUCACCAGUGGAGUGAAGGUGAAAAAUCUGCCAGCCACAAACGGAAAUUUGUACAACAUCAGGCGGUCUGUUCUGGAGAAAAUAGUCAUGAGUGUAACAAAUGUGGGAAAGUUUUUAGACGUGUCUUUAACCUCAAUCGACAUAGAAGCGUUCACGCCGGAGAAAACACGUAUGAGGAUAGUGAUUGUGGGAAGGCCUUCAGUCAGAGCUCCAACCUCAGUCAACGCAAGAGGAUUCACACUGGGGAGAAGCCUUUCGUGUGCAGUGAUUGUGGGAAGGCCUUCAGAGAAAAGUUAACCUUUGUUAAACACUACAGACUUCACACUGGAGAAAAGCCGUAUGUGUGUACUGAUUGUGGAAAGUCAUUCAGGCAAUCCUCAGCUCUCACGUAUCAUCAGAGAGGUCACAGUAGAGAAAAUUCUUAUGAGUGUAGUGACUGUGGGAAGGUCUUCCAUCAAAGGUCCUGCUUUACUAUACACCUUAGACUUCACACUGGACAAAAGCCCUAUGAGUGUACUGAUUGUGGGAAGUCCUUCAAUCAAAGCUGUCACCUCACCCAACACCAGAGAGUUCACACCGGUGAGAAACCUUUUCAUUGUACUGAUUGUGGGAAGUCCUUUAGGCAAAAGUUUACCCUCAUUCAACACCACCGAGUUCACACCGGAGAAAAGCCGUUUGAGUGUAGUGACUGUGGAAAGUCCUUCAGGCAUGGCAAUUCACUUACUCUGCACAGGAGACAUCACACUGGUGAGAAGCCUUAUGAGUGUAGUGAAUGCGGAAAAUCUUUUAAGAGCAGUAGUCACCUCCUUUACCACAAGAGAACUCACACGGGAGAAAGGCCCUAUGAGUGUAGUGAGUGUGGGAAGGCCUUCAGCCAAAAAUCCAAGCUCAUGGACCACCACAGAAGUCACACUGGAGAAAAGCCUCAUGAGUGCAGUGAGUGCGGGAAAUGUUUUCGCUACAAACCUAGCCUCCUCAGACAUCUGAGAGGUCACACUGGAGAAAAGCCUUAAAUGUGCAGAGAAUGUUUUAUCUUUCCUCUUUCUCACCCUACAACACUAAGGAGACUCAGACCCAUUUACCUGAAUAUAAACCCCUUUUAUCUGAACAUACACUCUGCUAGAGUCCUCAUUUACCAGAGGUACAAGUGAGGCCUAAGGGAGCUGCACUGCACUUGCUAACUUGCCGAGGACUCCUACCUCAUUGAUGACACUGCGAGUAUUUGUGGCUGAAGAGACCUCCUCUACCAGCUGGCUCACCUGACAGUGUGCACCCGUCACCACCCCUGUGCGCUCAGGGAAAAGGAAUUCUGUUCCCCCUUGUGUAUGAGGAAGUUAUGAACACUGUGAGCUCUUGGCAGGAACUUCAUUCCUUACUCUCCAGAGAACUGACCUGACCCCGGGUUCGUCCAGAGCCCCCGUCCUCAGCUCAAGAAAUGCUACCUCUUUCGGGGACACUGUGCUCCUCACCUCAUGCUGCGAUGGAUUGUUUCCGGUUCCAGUUCACCAGCCUGCACGCUGCUUGCUGUGCACUGCUCUGGUUUAUGUUUUUGUAACGGCGUUUUUGGUUUUGUACCUUUAAUUUUGUUGGUUCUCUUCACUGCCUGGGAUGAUUUGCAAGCACAGUUGUGAUUUGCCAGCAUGUAGAGUUAACAGAUAUGGCGGGGAUCCCAAACUGUCUGUGAAGGGACCGCAGAAUGGCAGAAAAUCACUGUUUUGUCUAAUAUUGACUUAUUUUGUGUUAUUGCCCAAGGCCUUGAAAUAAAGACCGCGUGACUUUUUGUUUCAUUUA